UGGAGAGAGGGAUAGGGCUGAGGCCCUCAUGGGCACUGUGCAGGAAAGCAGGACCCAGGAGUCUGCAAAAACAGGCCCUCCGGAAGGCCCACUAGCUGGGACUAGGUUUGGGGUUUUCUGUCUUGGACUGGUUGUUUCUGCCUGCUUCCUACCCGAGCUUCUGGGAGCCGACGCGGGAGCAGCCAGGACUGAGGCUCUGAUGCGGGCUCCCGGUGCGGGUACGGCCUCCGUGGCUUCGCUGGGGCUGCUGUGGCUGCUGGGGCUGCCGUGGACCUGGAGCGCGGCGGCGGCACUCUGCGUGUACGUGGGCGGCGGCGGCUGGCGUUUCCUGCGCAUCGUCUGCAAGACCGCGAGGCGGGACCUGUUUGGCCUCUCUGUGCUGAUCAGAGUGCGCCUGGAGCUGCGGCGGCACCAGCGAGCCCACCACACCAUCCCAGGGAUCUUCCAGGCAGUGGCGCGGCAGCAGCCCGACCGGCUGGCCCUGGUGGAUGCGGGCAGCGGUGUGUGCUGGACCUUCGCGCAGCUGGACGCCUACUCCAAUGCUGUGGCCAACGUGUUCCACCAGCUGGGCCUCGGGCCGGGGGACGUGGUGGCCAUCUUCCUGGAGGGCCGGCCCGAGUUUGUGGGCCUGUGGCUGGGCCUGGCCAAGGCUGGGGUGGAGGCCGCUCUGCUCAAUGUCAACCUGCGGCGCGAGCCCCUCGCCUUCUGCCUGGGCACUUCGGGCGCCAAGGCCCUCAUCUUCGGAGGGGAGCUGGCAGCAGUGGUGGCUGAGGUGAGUGGACAGCUGGGGAAGAGUCUGCUCAAGUUCUGCUCUGGAGACCUGGGUCCUGAGGGCAGCUGGCCGGACACCCAGCUCCUGGACCCGCUGCUGAAGGAGGCAUCCACGGCCCCCCUGGCCCAGUCCCCUGGGAAGGGCAUGGAUGAUCGACUCUUCUACAUCUACACGUCGGGGACCACGGGGCUACCCAAGGCCGCCAUUGUCGUGCACAGCAGGUACUACCGCAUCGCAGCCUUUGGCCACCACGCCUACAGCAUGCGCCCGUCAGACGUGCUCUACGACUGCCUGCCCCUGUAUCACUCCGCAGGGAACAUCAUGGGCGUGGGACAGUGUCUCAUCUACGGCAUGACGGUUGUCCUCCGCAAGAAGUUCUCCGCCAGCCGCUUCUGGGAUGACUGCGUCAAGCACAACUGCACGGUGGUCCAGUACAUCGGGGAGAUCUGCCGUUACCUGUUGAAGCAGCCGGUGCGGGAGGCAGAGGGGCGGCACCAGGUGCGCCUGGCCGUGGGCAAUGGGCUGCGGCCUGCCAUCUGGGAGGAGUUCACAGAGCGGUUCGGUGUGCGCCAGAUUGGCGAGUUCUAUGGGGCCACCGAGUGCAACUGCAGCAUCGCCAACAUGGACGGGAAGGUGGGCUCCUGUGGCUUCAACAGCCGCAUCCUGCCCCAUGUGUACCCCAUCCGGCUGGUGAAGGUCAAUGAGGACACCAUGGAACUACUGCGAGAUGCCCAGGGUCUCUGUAUCCCAUGCCAGGCAGGGGAACCCGGCCUCCUCGUGGGCCAGAUCAACCAGCGGGACCCAUUGCGUCGCUUCGAUGGCUACAUCAGCGAGAGUGCCACCAGCAAGAAGAUCGCCCACAGCGUCUUCUGCAAGGGCGACAGUGCCUACCUCUCAGGUGAUGUGCUGGUGAUGGAUGAGCUGGGCUACAUGUACUUCCGGGACCGAAGUGGGGAUACCUUCCGCUGGCGUGGGGAGAAUGUCUCCACCACCGAGGUGGAGGGUGUGCUGAGCCGCCUGCUGGGCCAGACAGAUGUGGCCGUGUAUGGGGUGGCCGUGCCAGGAGUAGAAGGCAAAGCAGGCAUGGCGGCCAUUGCAGACCCCCACGGCCAGCUGAGCCCCAAUGCACUGUACCAGGAGCUACAGAAGGUGCUAGCACCCUAUGCCCGGCCCAUCUUCCUGCGUCUCCUGCCUCAGAUGGACACCACAGGCACCUUCAAGAUCCAGAAGACACGGCUGCAGCAUGAAGGCUUUGACCCAUCCCAGACCUCAGACCGGCUCUUCUUCCUGGACCUGAAGCAGGGACACUACCUGCCUCUGGACCAGAGUGUCUACACCCAAAUCUGCUCGGGUUCCUUCUCCCUUUGAAGCUCCUCCUUUGCUGGCCAGAGACUCCCGGCCAGGCCCCUCAAGCCAGGCGGGCUGGAGCCAGACAGCCUGCCCUGUCCUGGGGCGGAGAAACUGGACCCCAGGAGGAGCCUGAGUCUCCCCUGGCCUCAUUCUCCCCUGCCUGGUCCUCUGAGCUGUCUCCUUGCCCCUCUCUGCCUGUCUUCUGCUGUGUCUGUGUGUCUCUUUCUCCUCUCUGCUUCCUGCCCGUGACCUCCCUGCUGUCCCCAUCUGUCCUCACCUUUCUCCUCUUUUCCUCCAUCUCCCCUCUCUCCUCCUCUGUUCUCCUGUCAAGUGCAGAGCAGACAUUUCCUGGGACCCGGCGCUUGCUUGGGGCCUCCAUCUGUCAUCCCUGCUGAGCCUUAGACCCAGACUGGGGCCUUCCCACUUCCCCUCAGCUGUGCCUUAAGGAGCCCCACCCAGUCCAGUCUUCCUGAGGCUGCUGGGUUCCAGGACGUGUGACAUCCAGGCAGGCCCUCUGCCCGCCCUGCCAAAUGGAGGAGCCAGAGCGGUCCGCUUUCCCCACCCAGUGCAGGGCAUCAGCAGGGACCUCCGGGUCAGCUGGAAAUCACGCCUAGGCCAGACCAGUUGCCUUUUGCACUUCCCGUCCCUGGUGGGUCUCCCCUGCCUUUCCUGAUGCCCUGGACGCUUCCAGAAUUGACUGUGACCAUUUGGAUGUUGCCUCUACCUGGAUGUCCCUGUUCAGGCAUCUGCACAGAGCGCCUGCUGGAGGGACCCUGAAGACUGUGCUGGGUGGCUGCUCGGCCCACCACUCAGAUGCUCACCCUGGAAGAGGCUUCUUGGGUGUCCCCAUCCAGCAUAGCUGCUGUGGGACCCAUGGGAGUGGCAGCAAUGGGGUGGGGGGAGGUCUGCCAUUGGUGGCAUCCGAAAUGGCCUCAGGGGUUCCAGUCAUUGAAUGUCCCUCCUGGCCUUGCUAAUGACAGCCUGGACCCUGUGUUGGUGGUGACAUUCUAGAUAAUCCAGCCUUCCUUGGUGGCUCAUCCCGUACUCCUGUUGGGGCUGGCCACUCUGACUGUCAGUUCCUCCAACAGCACCGUCCAGCACCUAGAACAAAGAGCAGUAGGGCCAGUAGCGAGUGACCCUGCAUGGGCCUUUCCAAGCACCGAGGUUUUGUUUUAUAGUUGAGUUUAAGAAAUAAAGCUGCAGAAUAUCGGA